AUGGACACGAAUGCUGCCGGAGAGGAUCAUGUAGACGGAGAAGAUUACCUGAAAUUGGAGGAAGCGGAUGGGGCCGAAGCGUCGAUGUCCGGCGUCCGCUGGUGGUGGUGGGCGAAAAUUCUGGCGGUCGUGUCGACAGUCGUCGUGUUGGCUGUGGUUUUCUUCAUAUGGAUCGAACCCGUUCUAAUGGACAAGGAAAUCAUUCCCAUAAUAAAUUGGGAGAGAAGAACUUUCAGCAAAUCUGCACGCGCACUGAUAGUGUUCUGUUCUCUGGUGAUAUUUCCCUCUGUUCUUCUUCCUUCGAAACCAUCCAUGUGGAUAGCAGGGAUGACCUUCGGAUAUGGACUUGGAUUUCUGCUAAUCCUUGCAGGAGUCGCCAUCGGCGCCUCCAUUCCAUACUUCGUCGGAUCACUUUUCCGGCGCAGAAUCCAUGUGUGGCUAGAAAAGUAUCCGAAGGAAGCUUUCCUAAUCCGAGUCGGCGGCGCCGGAAACUGGUUGAGUCAGUUCCGUGCAGUAGCCCUAAUUAGGGUUUCCAGUUUCCCUUACAUUCUGUACAACUACUGCGCUGUGGCUACGGACGUCAAGUAUGGUCCUUAUUUGUUGGGGACACUCGUCGGAAUGGUGCCGGACAUACUCUUCGGGCUUUACACCGGCGGUCUCAUCAAGACAUUAGCUCAAGCUUCGUACAGCGGGCAGUCCCUGUCGCCGGUGCAAAUUGCGGUGGACGUGGCGGUCUUCGGCGUCAUCGUGGCGGCGACGGUUGUGAUCGCCGUAUACGGCAAGAGGCGUCUCGAGAAUCUGCAGGCUCAAGAGCAACAAGAAGUAGCAUUAUUGUAAAAUUUUCUAACACGCAUUUAAUUUAAUUUAGUUUAAUUAUGUUAUGUUAGAUUAUUAAAAUUUGCAAAAAUAUAAAAAAAUUAUGUAUAUAAAUGGACAUUAUAUUAAAUGAACUGUCACGAUGCAAGUUGGGUGAA